AUGAGUACCGCAUUUAACGAUUACUGCACCGUCUGUGAUCGCCUCAUUCCAACGUCUCCACAGAAAACAAACAACAAUACCAGGAAGAUCCAAAGAGGCAACGAAACCAGGAACAGUUCACAAUCAAAUAAGUUAUAUUGCUCCGAAGAUUGUAAGCUAAAAGAUUCAAACCCUCUUAAUGAGAAAUUAUUAUCCCAUUUGCAUAAAAAAACAAAAAGUUCUCAUUCGCAUGAUCUCACUCCUCCGCUUUCAUAUUCUAAAAAUUUAACUGCAUCAAACCUUUUCGAGCCGGCUACCUCAUUAUCUUCAUCUCCAACGUCUUCAACUAUCCCCUUUGACGAAUUGGAGAAGCUGGAUUCUUUACUGAUUUCGCCGUUGCUGCUACCUCAGGAUGGUAAUGUCAACGCUAAACAGGAGUUGAAUCCUACUCGCGUUGAUGAAUAUGACGACAAUGAACAUUAUUUGAACUUAACCGAUUCUCUUAGACUUGAUUCCGGUUACCAAUUGCAUUCAAAGGCACAUCUGGGUUACGAAAACGAUUUACCACGGUCAAGCGACAUCAUUGAUGAUCAUUUGAUCUCGGAUCAAAUCAUUGAGAAUAACUACAACCUAUGGUUUAGACUAUCCUCUAGUUAA